AUGGAUAACUCAAAACACACGAUGGCUGCUGGUAAGAUCAUGAAACUCUCCCAACCCAUUGAAAAAUUUCGAGAAAUUCAUAAAAAUCUCUCCCUCAGGUCCUUACCCAAGCUUUGGCAUGAUCACGAGAACGAGGAUGCAGGCGAACCCAUUUUACGCCUAAACCAUCACAUCUUGAGCAAAUUAGAGUCAUGUUCAACGGUUACACUCAGAGAAUUCAACCAAGUACACGCACAGCUCAUUCUUUCAGGCCUCUUUCAACAUUCCCUUGCAUCGGGUAGGGUGAUGAAGAAGCUCUGUUCUUCUCCAUCUACUGUGUUUCAUGCUGUUAAUCUUUUUCAUGGGGUAGAUGAACCUGAUUCCUUCUUAUGUAACACUAUUAUGAGAGGCUUUGUGAAUGCGAACGAACCGCUUAGAGCUUUGGAAUUUUACCGUCGAGAAAUGAUUGCGAAGUUCAUCCCUGCCAACCAUUACACAUUUCCUUUGCUGGUGAAGAUUUGCGCUGAAUUGGGGUUGGUUAGAGAAGGGGAAAAGGCUCACACCCGGGUCUUAAAAGCAGGUUUUGAGUUGGAUUUAUAUGUGCGCAAUGCAUUGAUUCAUAUGUACGCGGUUUGCGGGAGAAUAAGGGAUGCACAGAUGGUGUUUGAUUUGAGUUGGGAGUCGGAUAUGGUGACUUGGAAUUCAAUGAUUGAUGGGUAUGUGAAGAAUGGAAUGGUUGGCCAUGCACGCAAUCUGUUCGAUGAAAUGCCUGAAAGGGAUGUAUUUAGUUGGAACUCCAUGAUUGCUGGUUAUGUUUGGAUUGGGGACAUGGUGGCAGCACAAGAGUUGUUUGAUAGGAUGCCAUGUAGAGACAUUGUUUCUUGGAAUUGUCUGAUUGAUGGGUAUGCUAAAACUGGAGAUAUCAUGUUUGCACGUAAAAUUUUCGAUUGGAUGCCAUGCAGGAAUGUAGUUUCAUGGAAUACCUUGUUAGCUCUUUACACUCGCUCCAAAAACUACAACGAUUGUUUGAAACUUUUUGAUGAUAUGUUGGAGGAACAAGAUGUGGAGGCAAAUGAAGCAACUCUGAUGAGUGUCUUAACUGCAUGUGGACACUUGGGAAGGCUCGAUAGGGGUGAACAGGUCCAUUCUUAUAUCAAGAACAACAAGAACAUUAUAGUCGAUGCGUUACUUUCAACUGCUUUGUUGACAAUGUAUGCCAAAUGCGGAUCAAUGGACCUAGCCCAACAGGUGUUUGAUGAAAUGCCAGAGAGAACAGUAGUUUCAUGGAAUUCAAUGAUAAGUGGAUACGGAAUGCACGGAUACGGAGAAAAGGCUUUACGAAUGUUCCAAGACUUGGAGAAAAGUGAAUCUGUGCCAAAUGAUGCUACUUUUGUGUGUGUUCUUAGUGCGUGCUCACAUGCAGGAAUGGUUUUGGAAGGAUGGUGGUAUUUUGACCUGAUGCAACGAGUUUACAUGAUUGAACCAAAAGUUGAGCACUAUGGUUGUAUGGUUGAUCUCCUUUCACGAGCUGGGUUGAUGAAAGAUUCUGAAGAUAUGAUCAAGAACAUGUCCAUGGCUAAAGGACCUGCUUUAUGGGGAGCCUUACUAUCAGCUUGUAGGACUCACUCAAAUCUAGAACUUGGAGAAAUGGUGGCAAAGAGGCUUAUUGAAUUGGAACCUAAUGAUGUGGGGCCAUAUGUGUUGUUAUCAAAUAUAUAUGCUGCUGGAGAGAGAUGGGAUGAUGUUGAAAAUGUGAGAGAGAUGAUGAUGAAGAAAGGGUUACAUAAAUUGGCUGGAUCAAGCUUGGUUCAAUUUGGAAAUUCUGAUGUUGAAUCAAAUGGAGGUCAUUUAGUUCAUAAGAGGAGAUUGGUGUACUCCAUGCUGAGUGAUAUGGGUGUUCAAAUGAAAAUGUCAUACAAAAAUACAUGA